GCUUCCAGCAUUGACUGUAGCUGCUGCCACUCUAACUGACAUUUCUUUUGAAUUCUGCUAUGGAGAGUGCCUGUGAUGCCAGCUGCUGGCUUGUGAACUUUUAUCCUUUUAUUCUUUUUGCUUGAUAACUCAUUAAUGAAACCUCAUGGAUAUUGAGAAAUAAACCAGAAUCAGUUUUCUCUUUAUGCUUUUCUUCUGUGGUUUUCUUUUUUGUAUGUGUGCACGGUGGAAAAAGAACAGAGUGAAAGAAGCAGCACUUACAUUUGGAUAAGGACUAUAUUUACAUACCUGAAGUUAACUGAAUUAAUCCUGGCAUCCAAGAUGGAUCUCAAGUGUGCUCUGGAAGAAUGUUCAAUGGCACUGAACUUAUUUCUGAACAAUAAGUUCUCUGAAGCCCUGGAACUACUUCGUCCAUGGUCUAAAGAUAGUAUGUACCAUGCCCUUGGGUACAGCACUAUUUUAGUUAUGCAAGCUGCUAUGACCUUUGAACAGCAGGAUAUACAAAUGGGAAUUUCUACAAUGAAGGAAGCUUUGCAAACCUGUCAAAGAUUCAGGAAAAGAAGCACGGUGGUGGAAUCCUUGUCCAAUCUAGUAUCUAAACAGUCAGUGGAUCAGUUGAGUGAAGAGGAAAUGCAUGCUGAAAUCUGCUAUGCUGAAUGCUUACUACAGAAAGCAGCUCUCACCUUCGUACAGGAUGAAAACAUGAUCAACUUUAUCAAAGGUGGCCUCAAAAUUAGGACAAGUUACCAAAUAUACAAAGAAUGUCAUCAGGUGCUACAGAUGACUCAGGGGAGCAAAAGCAAAAAUGAAACUUAUUACCAGUUUGAAGGAGGAGUAAAUCUUGGAAUUGGAGCGUUCAACUUGAUGCUGUCGCUUUUACCAGGAAGGAUCCUCCGACUUUUAGAAUUUAUUGGAUUUUCUGGCAAUAGGGAGUUGGGCCUCUGUCAACUACGGGAAGGCGCAUCUGGCAGCAGUUUGAGGGCCAUUCUGUGUACUUUCACCCUGUUGGUUUAUCAUACUUACGUCUCCUUAAUCCUUGGUACAGGAGAAGCCAACCUUCAGGAAGCAGACAGUCUCCUUGAACCCUACCUCCAGAAAUUUCCAAAUGGUUCCAUUAUUCUAUUUUAUGCUGCCAGAAUAGAUAUACUGAAAGGAAAUUUUGAAAAGGCGGAGUUGAGGUUCCAAGAAUGCAUAGCAGCCCAGCAAGAGUGGAAACAGAUUCAUCAUCUCUGUUACUGGGAACUGAUGUGGUGCUACACCUUCCAGCAGAACUGGCUUCAAGCAUAUCGGUAUGCAGACCUGCUCAGCAAAGAGAGCAGGUGGUCUAAGGCAAUAUAUGUAUUCCAGAAGGCAGCAAUUCUAUGUAUGCUUCCAGAGGAUGAUUUGAAAAGGACUGGUGAGGACAUUGUAUCUUUAUUCAGACAAGUGGAUGGUCUAAAACAGAGAAUUGCAGGAAAAUCUAUCCCAACCGAGAAGUUUGCAGUAAGGAAAGCACGACGCUAUGCAAGUUCUCAACCAGUGAAGCUGAUAUUACCUGCCUUGGAAAUGAUGUAUGUCUGGAAUGGCUUUGCAAUUGUGGGCCGAAGAGCGGACCUCACUGAAAAUUUACUGGUAACAAUUGAAAAAGAAGAAACUGCAUUACAAAAUGAAACUAAUCACAGUGAAUAUUAUAUGGAUGAUGUGUGCAUGUUGCAGUUACUGAAGGGCCUCUGCCUGAAACACUUGGGAAGACUCAUGCAAGCUGAACUGUGUUUCAGUAAAGUAAUUCAAAGUGAGAAGCAAAUAAAAUAUGAUAGUUAUUUGGUGCCCUUCACCCUGUAUGAGUUGGGCCUCCUAUACAAACAACAGGAUGAAAGAGAAAAAGCAAUAAGAUACAUAGAAACUGCAAAAAACAACUACAAAGACUACUCUAUGGAGUCCAGGUUGCACUUCAGAAUUCAUGCAGCACUUGACAGCUUGAAGGUGUCGCCUGCUUCAACACCGUGAAUGAGGAGGAAUGUUUUUCAUGCAUACAAUAGCCUACACAAUCUUUUUGCAAUCUUUUUUUAAUCAUGGAAAAAAAACAACCUAAUGAUUGUUUUCUGUCAUCUCUGAUUUGAUGUAUGUCGUUCCUUUAGACUGUUCUUUUUCUGUAUAGCUCAUAUACUAUAUCUACUUGAUACUUUAAAGAAGACCUUAUAUUUUGUUUGAUAAAAGUAAUUUAAUAUCUGACUUGAAUGGGGGAUAUUUUAAAAAAAUGUUGAUGGUGCAAUAAAGUUUAAUGCAAACACUUUAUUUUUUUACAUGAAAACAGAUGCUGGUUAUGCAGUGGAACUGGUGAUAAUUCCUGCAUUUUUUUGAAGGUUUGAUUUUCUGCAGUACACUUGAGACCUUUUUGCCUCUGGAACAAAAAUGCAAUGUCUGCAGAUAACCCUACGCACAUUUGGCAUACCAUAUUCUGAAAUUUGUGUUCCAGAGGAAAAAAUUAAUCAUCUUAGACGUAAUUUCAUUUUGGGAAUAAAAUGAACCUGUCUGAAGUACAGUAUUUUUACACUGUCAAAUAAAGUUAAGCAGGGCUACAGGUGUAAUGUAUUUGCAGGUCUGUUUCACUCCAAGUGGUUACAGGGGAUAUUUUUCAGUCAUAGAAAAGCAGGGCUACUAGGGACAUGAAGAGGUCAUGUAUUCUGUAUUCUUGUCCUAAAGCAGAAUCAACAGUCUUACAUCGUUCCUGACAGACUUGUUUAACCUGUUGGGUUUUUUUAAAAAAAGUUUGCACUGAGAGAAAUUUUGUAACUUACACAGGAUGUCUUUCCCUGUGGGAAAAGACUGGGAAAUUUUUCCUGAUGUCUACUCCAAAUAAUUCUUGGUACAACUGAAACUGAUUGUUUCCCAUCUUUGCUGUCAUGGAUCUGGAGAAAGGAUUGUUCUUUUCCUUUUUCAAAGCAGUCUUCUAAUAUUUAAGACUAACCCCCUUGUUGGUAUUCUGUGUUCUUGGAUUCCAACCAAAGUAAAUAAAAAUUUGCAGGAUUUAUUUAUUUUCCUAAUAAUUGGAAUAACUCAUUAAUGCAAGUUGAUUGUGCAUUAAAAAAUUAAUCCACUUUUAAACUUCGAGUUAAGAAAAUGUGCAUAUUCCAAUUAUAACUUUCUACCAAAAAUGUGCAGUAAAAUUGAUACACUUAUAAGUGCAUGUAUUUUUCUUUUCAUGUUAAUAUGUGAGCAGCAGUAUCCAGUUAAGUUUCCCAAUUCAUUAGAUAUGCAGAUUCUGCUAGCUGUCUAUUCUUAAAAAUAAGAAUAUACUUUAUUUUUAUUUAAACUGUUUAUUUACUGUUCUUUCACUAAUUGCUGCAAAACUUGCCCAUUUCCAUAUUUUAUUAAUGCCAGUAUAUUUACUUCUGCACAGUAAAUUCAUAGUAACUAUGCUCCUGUAUGUGAUUUUCUGCCUUUAACUCCCAUCCAAGAAAAAAACAGAACAGAAGAAAUAGGUGAAAAAUGUGUCUUCAGUAAAUGAGUUACUGAAAGUUUCUAAUUAAACAGUCAAUAUGAUGUAAGUGCUAUAGUUACUCUUCUCAGGUGUCUGAGAGUACAGCUUUCUUCUAUGACUUUAUAAAUGAGUCAUUUAAUUGCAUAUAAAUCUGUAAUACAGUGGCAUACUUACAGGUGAAGUAAGAGUUUAAAAGUAUUAGCUAAAUAAACAUAACUGGUCUUUCAAAGUGGAAGCCUGAUCCAAAGUCUGUUGUCUUUACCAGUUUGCAUUUGUGCCUAUUGUAAAUGCGUAACUAAAUUAUCCUGUAAAAUUAUACACAUACAGGUUUGAAGCUUAGAUACCCGAGAUGCUUAUUUUAAAAUAUAUUCUGUUGACUGUACCUGUAAAGUACAAAAGAUAUUUGUCUCUUUGUCAACAGAGAUUAGCAUAUGCCACCAACUGACUUCUCUAAUUACUUGCCUGUUUAUACACAUCUGAUUAUAAGCUGUAGGCAGCAAAAAUAAAAUUCUGUACAUUUAUUUUCAGACGAUACUUUCAAUACCUCUUUGGGUAUUUACAUGUUCAGUUUAGGAUUAUUUUGGUUUAAUCUGAUUAUUGUAUUGUAGCUAUUAAAUGGGACUAUUUCAUUUUCUCAUGAAAGAUUGUGAAAACAGUUGCCAGUAAAACUUCUAUAAAUUGUGUUUCAAAUAGUAAUUCACUCUACAGAAGAGUUAGAACUGGGACUACAGACUCAGGAUGGAGCAUGAAGUAGUCUCUGAGCUCUUGUUCCUGUGGGGAGUGUUUUGCAGUUAGUAUUUUAUGGGUGAUUUGGGAUACAAAUCAAAAUUAACAGAAAGUAAACAGUGAGCUUCCUUAGAAGCUGAUUUUUUGAAAGUUUAGUACAAAGUGUCGUGUAGCAGUGUACUUUUUUCAUGGAUAAUGAUACUGACUGCAGAGAGAGUAAAAGAGAACUUUGUUUUCUUCAGUUCAGCCUUCCAAAGUCAAUAUUAACACCCUGUGUAUGUUACACUUUGUCUCUUUUUGGGAUCAGCCUUUUUGCACUCAUGCAGAGAACAGGCAUAUCAACACAAACUUGCAAUACCCUCUGUAGUGUUUUCAUGCCCUGAGGUCCCCAGCGUAAAGUACUGUUUACAGCUUGUCUCCUUUUCUAUGCUGCUGUUCCAAACUUGUUUGUCAGAAUGCCCAAUUGAUCAAGUUUCUUAGCUUUAUUCUGGAGGUUUUUUUCCAGCUUAUUAAGGGUCGAAAUAUAAAUGUGUGAGAGUGAUUUGUAGCCCUUCACUUAAGGUAGGUCUCAGUAGAGCUGUAGAGAUGCUGUUUUCCCAAUGCUGCAGAAGAAGCGCAUGUCUCCCUGACACUAUGUCAUUGAUGCAGUAGUAUUUAGUACUGCAGUAUUACGUCUAAGUUAAGUGAUUUGCGGCUAAGAGUUCACAUGAAAAGUCUAUGGCUUUUUUUUUUUUUUUUUUUUAACCUGCUGUAUGCUGUACUGGGCCUUAAAUACAACUCUGGUUUAGUCUUACUGCUGUUUAUAAUCUUCACCUCACUUGUUCAUGUCCCAUGGGAGUUUUGAAUAAUGUGCUGAAACUGUGAGCAAAGCUGAGCAUUUACCUAUGAUGCUAUAGCCUCCAUUGAUAAUAGUAGCAAUUAUAAUAUAUAUAAGAGCAAAGCUAAGUCCUUAGUUUAAGUAAGCAAGGCUAAACUUAGAGUUAUGUUAUGACAAAAGGUCAUUCUGAUCUUUCCGAUAAUAGAUGUAUAUUUUUUUAAGGUGAGGAAUAAUAAAGUAGCCUGGUUAUAAGACAAACCUUCUCUUUGAUUAAGAAUUGUCUACUUAGAAAAUAUUGCAAAAAGCUUCUUGUCUGUGCAUAUCAUUCAGAUGUUUAGUGUUUUGGUGAAAGACCGUUGUGUUGUCAUUUAUAAGUCCUAGCUCUCACCACUUUUUAGCAAAAAUUGAAAGAAAAUACAUGUUAAAAGAAAGCUGAUUAAAGUUUGUUUUAUGUCUGUUCUAAUAUACAUGGGUAGGAGCUGCAGUUAGCACCUUAUGGCCAGAAAAAUGUACAAUAAUCGGAUCCUGUUACGUUUCCAAAACACCUUGCCAACUUAUGUUUAAAAGAAGGAAUUUCUUGUAACAAAUCCAACUUAUACUUUGCAAUUAUUUUAUUACUAAUCUUAAUGUUUAAUGUCCUUUUGUUUCUGUAUAUUCUUACACUGCAUAGUUCAACAAAGAAUGUUUAUAUUUGCAUUUGGUGGUACGGAUUAUUUGCUUCUAAACUAUUGAGGUUUGCACAUGUUCAUAUCUGGUACUUGAGUAAAAGCAAGGUCAGAAUAAUGAAGACUGAAGGAUGAUGAAGUACAUUCUGAUAUUAAGAGCAUGUAGAAAUGUUCAUUGUGAUGCAUUGGAAUGAUUCUCACUUCAGAGGAAUAAAUCAUACUUUAUGCUUGUG